AUGGGCAGAGUUGUUCAAUCCGCCGUAACAUUGGAGCACUCCGGCUUUUCGAUUUCCGGAAAAUUCGGAUUCAAACUCUUCGAAAUGCAGCCGUGUGCAGUACGGCAAUUCGGAGACAAAAGUCAGUUAGCUCAGAACGGUUCCUCAUUCCUUACCAUGUUAUUUUCAGUUCCGAACGUCCGAAAUGUGCGUAUAGCACGCCAGCUAGACAGAAGUAAUAUUGUCUGCUACGUGAAUGGACCCGAUGAAAAGUACGCGGAGAACUGCAUGGUUGUCUUCGACACUUGCAAAAACGCAGAUAUUGUUGAGAUCACGACGCCGCCAGAGUGCGGCAAGAUUGUCAACAUCCAAGUAUGCCAGAACAGUCUCGCUAUUUUCAAUGAGAAAAGACUGUUCUGUUACAAAUUCCCGAGUUGCCAACAAAUAAGGAAGGAGGAGAUCCGGCAGAACCCGAACGGACUCUCCGCAAUGAGCUACGAGCCAACGACGGCAUCGUGCUACCUGGCGUUCCCGGGAUACAACACAGGCACGAUAAACAUCUUGAACCUGAGCACACUCACGACUCGUGAAUCGAAGGCACCUGUUGUAAUUGAGGCGCACGUCAACGAGAUCUCUCAAGUGGCUCUCAACUGUCAGGGAACGCUUGUUGCCACCGGAUCGACGAAAGGAACCGUGAUAAGAGUGUUCGACGCGAGAAACAAGGCAAUGUUGUACGAUCUCCGUCGCGGAACCGUCCCUGCUCACUUGCACUGCCUCGCCUUCUCGCCCUGCUCCAGUUUCCUCGCAGUUGCCAGUGACAAGGGAACGCUGCACGUGUUCGGAAUCCGCAACUCGGAGACGAAAAAGAAGAUCAACGUUCUGAACAUGGGGACUAGCAGCCUUGCCAAGAUCCAACUGGAAAGACCGGUUCUUGCUCUCGGCUUCACCAAACGUAAGUUUGAAUUCGGAGUGAACCAGAACAAAUCUCAAAUUGAUUUCAAUUUCAGAAACGCCGAGAUAUAUCCAAUCACUGGUUGCCAUUUGCGCCGAUGGGACCUACUGGAGAUACCCGUUCAGCAAGGACCAUGACCACGUCACUGUUCAUCAGAAGGACGUCGGCUUCCACGACCUGAUCCAGAUGUACGGAGACAAAGAGUUCUUCAUCCAGUCUGAAUGA